CAAAAUACCUACCUACACCCAACGUGACCUUCCCUAUCCCUCACAACACUCCAUUACCCAUCACCCCCCAAAAUGCUAGACCUCGCAACCCGCCGCAAAAUCUGCGAAGAAACAAUCUCGCGCUCCGCUUCCCUCGCCGCCUCCCUCCCCACUGGCACCCUCUCCAGCACCUUCAUCCCCUCCCAACUGCCCCCUCUGGUCAAAUCCUCUUCUUCCUACCCAAGCCAUACUUUGCACCCUAUACAAAUUCUAAAUAGCGACGCCUUCGCCCUCGCCCAUCGCUUUCAAACAACUCCGCCAUAUUCCACGGCCCCGAAAAUCGGGGUCUUGAACUUAGCCUCGGACGAGCGACCGGGGGGUGGGUGGCGCUACACGUUGUCCCGUACGCAAGAAGAAGCGUUAUGUUACUCGUCUACGCUGUAUGCUACGCUACGCCCCGAAUGGUAUCCCUGGCCCAACAUGGGUCCUGGGUCGUGUGCGGGUAUCGUGUCGCCGGGUGUAGUCGUGUACCGGGAUACGUUGGAUCAGGAUCUUGUAGAGUUGAAGGAGGAGGAGCGGUUUAGUGUUGUGGUUGUUACGGUUGCGGCGCCGAGGUUUCCGCGGGUGACGGGGGAUGGGGAGGAGUUUGCGGAUGAAGGGGAACUGGAGAAUUUGAGGGAGAAGAUUGUGCUGGUGUUGAGGAUGGCGGCAAGGGAGGGUGUUACGAGGUUGGUGCUUGGUGCGAUGGGGUGCGGGGCUUAUGGGUGUCCACCGCGGGCUGUUGCGAGGGAGAUGAAGGAGGCGCUGGGGAGGGAGGAGUUUGAGGGUUGGUUUGAAGUUGUGGGGUUUGCGAUUUAUGCGGCUGGAGUGGCGGGACGGAGAAAUCUUGACGUUUUCAAGGAGGCAUUUGGGGUGGAGUGAAUGGUGUUGCCAGAUCAAUAAUGUCGGUGGAUAUUUGCAUAUAUACGGGGAGUGAUGAUGCCGAGAAGCUUGUUAAGCAAGCCGUAAUUCAAAGCAAAAUCACGGAGUAAAGUAGAUACAGGAGAAGAUAAACCAACCCUCGAACAACCAACCUCCUC